ACAAAGCAUGGGUGACAUUGGCCACGAACGAUUCCUAUUCCUUGGGAGCAUUAGUCCUGGCGCAUUCAUUGAAAACCGUUGGAACAGUGCACAAGUUGGCCAUACUAAUUACACCCGGUGUAACAGCACCUAUGAAACAACARAUUCAAGCCGUAUUCGAUGAAGUCAAAGUAGUGGACGUAUUGGAUUCUAGGGAUCAAACACAUUUGGCCCUAAUGUGUCGCCCCGAGCUGGGAGUGACUUUCACCAAACUGCAUUGCUGGACGUUUACCAAUUACGAUAAAUGCGUGUUCCUUGACGCAGAUACAUUGGUAUAA